AUGGCUCCCACCUACGCGGGGAUGUCGGGAAAGCGCCUGUCCCUCUCCAUCUCGACUAUCGGAACCCUAGGUUUUCUGCUUUUUGGUUAUGACCAAGGCGUCAUGUCUGGUAUCAUCAGUGAUGCCGCAUUCAACGAUGUCUUUACCGCUACCAAAGGCAACUCCACCAUGCAGGCCUUGGUGACUGCUGUCUAUGAGUUGGGAUGUCUGGCUGGCGCUAUCUUUGCCUUGUUCCGUGGUGACAUGAUUGGGCGACGCUGGAUGAUCAUUAUCGGAGCCAGUGUCAUGAUCCUUGGUGUUAUUAUUCAGGUUACAGCGUUUCCGGGACAUGUUCCUCUCGCUCAGUUUAUGGUCGGCCGUAUCGUCACCGGUAUUGGCAAUGGUGGCACUAUUGCGAUUGGCACGUUGAUUGCUUACUGGAUCGACUAUGGCGCACACUUUGGACCUUCGGAUCUCGUUUGGCGAUUCCCUAUCGCUUUCCAGGUAGUCUUCGGCAUCUUGAUCAUUGUUGGCAUGUACUAUUUGCCCGACUCACCUCGGUACUUGAUCACCCGAAACAAGAUUGAAGACGGUGAAUACGUGCUCGCUGCAUUGAUUGGCCACGAAAUUACGGACCACGAGACACAAAUCCAGAAACAGCUCGUCCUCGACUCCGUCCGUGCAUCUGGCGCUUUGGACAAGGAUGUCCGCUACAAGGAUCUACUCACUGGCGGUCAUACCCAGCAUUUCCGUCGCAUGUUGAUUGGUGCUUCGUCUCAAAUCUUUCAACAACUUAGUGGUUGCAACGCUGUGAUUUACUAUCUCCCCGUGCUGUUGGAGCAGUCUCUCGGCCAAUCCACCAACCAGGCUUUGCUCAUCGGCGGUAUCAACAUGAUUUGCUACGCCGUCUUUGCCACAUUCUCAUGGUUCUUUAUCGAAAAGAUUGGUCGUCGUAAACUGUUCUUGGGAGGCACCUUUGGCCAACUUGCUGCCAUGAUUAUUACUUUUGCUUGUCUCAUCCCCAACAACAAGCAAGUGGCUAAUGGAGCUGUGUUUGGUCUUUUCCUGUACAUGUGCUUCUUUGGGGCUACCUGGCUGCCUCUUCCAUGGUUAUACCCUGCCGAGAUCUCUCCUAUCAAGACCCGCGCCAAAGCCAACGCUGUUUCGACCUGCUGUAACUGGCUUUUCAACUUCACCAUUGUCAUGAUCACACCCGUCAUGGUUUCCAGCAUUGGUUGGCGCACAUACCUCUUCUUUGCCGUCAUGAACGCUUCUUUUAUUCCGUUUAUCUGGCUUUUCUACCCCGAAACAUCCGGUCGCAGUCUUGAGGAAAUCGACAUCAUCUUUGCAAAGGGAUACGCCGAGAAGAAGAGCUACGUCACUGCUGCUCGCGAACUCCCCAAGCUUACUGACGAUGACGUCGAUGCUCAAGCAGUCGAGUUUGGUCUUGUCAGAAACUCGGAUGAGGAGACUGAGAAGCAGAUCGAGGAGAAGCGGUCGUCGGGAGGUGCGCCGGGAACUGUCAACCCGGUUGUUUAUCCUUGA